UUAAGCGAAAUAUAAAUCAGGUAAGUCAAAUUUUCAAGCAAUACCAAGUAUGAGAAGGAAGGGACCCACCCAUUUGUUGGAUUUGACACCUGUGAGCUGACAGGACGGAAAGAAGGGAGGGUCAUAUGGAGCGGGGAAGAGAGAAUAAGGAACUUUUAUCCGCCCCUCUCUUGUUGCAAACUGGAUUCCUGUGGAUUCCCUUCUCACAGCAUUGAACACACUGAGUCCUUUUUUCGCAGCGGCCCUUGUCCUCGGAGACCCACCGCCAGCCAGCAUGCCUGAGACAGCCGAGGCCGUGUCGGCCACCCUGACCACCAACAGGAACUGUACCGUGGAGAUCACCAACGUCAGCAGCUUCUACUGCCUCAUCAACCCUAAAGUCUACAUGGCAAGCGGCUUCUGCUUCCACCCGCCCCAGCCCACCGUCCGCACCACAAAGACCGAGGUCUGCUCCUUCACCAAGGACGACAACACGGCCACAGGGGCUGUGGGGGUCCUGACCUACGACCUCUUCCACAUGCAGAACCGGCUGUGCACCGAGCGCGUGGCCAUCAUGUUCUCCGUUCCCUUCGACAAGAACAUGUACAAGAACUGGAUGGCAGUCGGGGCCUUCGAGGCGGAGCGUGCCUGUGACAAGCACCUGUACAACCACAUGUACGAGGGCAAGGACUUCACCCUGUUCACCCGCGUGGAGGCUGGGGGCUCGGGACUGGUGCACAGAGGGGCCCACGUGGACCUGAGGGCCACCAUGUCCAACAUGGGCCAGGCCAUACUGAAGCUGGAGCUGUAUGAUAAGAUGGGGCAUUGAGAGAGUGAGAGCUGUAUGAUAAGAUGGGGCAUUGAGAGAGUGAGAGCUGUAUGAUAAGAUGCUGUAUGAUAAGAUGGGGCAUUGAGAGAGUGAGAGCUGUGUGAUAAGAUGGGGCA